AUGAAUCCGAACCCUCAAACCCUGAUCUCACUCGGCCUCGCAAUUGCAGCGGCCUUUAUAUUCUGGACCCUCUCCUCAACCACCACGUCUCCCUUCGCGCGCACAUUCCCGCAUCUCCAAAACAAGCGAAUAUGUCUCCUCAUCGCGCACCCGGACGACGAGGCCAUGUUUUUCGCGCCCACAUUACUGGCUCUCACAAAGCCGGAACUGGGCAACCAUGUUAAGAUCCUGUGCUUGAGUAGCGGUACGCUAGAGACGCCGACGGCCUCGGCCACAUCCGCCGCGACGAACUUACAAAGAGCGCAAAACGCCUCGGAAUCCGCUCCGACAACGACGUGCUCGUCCUCGAUGAUUCGAAAUUCCAAGAUGGUAUGGGGAACGAAUGGUCGAAGAGCGACAUUGCGUCUCUACUUUCGUCAACAUUCGCGCCAAACAUAUCCACGCGCAAACAAUCCAGGACAAGCCACGAAAAGCCCACUGCAACAAUCGACGUCCUGCUCACCUUCGACGCCCACGGCAUCUCAAACCACAUCAACCACCGCUCUCUCUACCACGGUGCGCGCCAUUGGCUGUCUACAAUGA